GCUCGAGGUUCACAGAAAACCCCAGAUAUUUUCAGCGGUAUGGUGUUGGUUACAGAUAACUUUUGUUUUCACAACAACCCAAAAAAAUGGAGUGUGAGAGUUCAUGUAUAGCCAUGUACCCCACUUUACCGAGACGCUCGUCAAAUCUUUGUCCUUUAAGUUGGUACAUCGGUACAUGUUGGUGCUGGUUCAGAGUCCAGAGGCGAGGCAGUGAAAGGAUGUUGCUGCCAUGCCAAUACCAACAUGUCAGGAUUGUUCCACUUAGCUGUAGAUGGAUGUGGUUUGAAAUGGCUGAAUGGAGCUGAUGGUGGAACGGGAGCCAUUCAUCAAACACUGGUUAUGAGGUUAUUGGUAGCUAUGGUUACCCAACUGUUUGUUUUGCUCCCCCUAAAGCCGUUCCAUUCCCACUGUUUCAAACCACCAUCAUGACGUGAUUUCCAGAUUAUAAGGCAGUAGGGGAACUCUGGAUUUGAUGCAUUCAGCUUCUUUCUUAUUAUGACUGUUGUUUAAAACAAUUAUUUCACUCUCACACACAUGCAUCACUAGCUCCUAAAUGAAUAACAUGGGUAGAGAGCUCUUCCAGAUGGUAGAUUCUAUAUUAGACCUUCCAUACCACCACGCCCAGUAUGUUGAGGAGUCAUGCCAUUGAUGCCAACCUGGUAAUCAUGUUGAGUUGAGAAGAACACUGUUAUCCCAGGGCAUGUUGUAACAUUCUUCACUGUUUUUAAAAUGUAGUAGUAAAGGUUGAUUCAGCCUUUUUCAUCGCUUCCCUUUGUGUCUUGUUAAAAUAAAACAAAUAAACCUGGAUCCUCUUCUCUUUUCCCAUGCAGAUAUCACGUGACAUCACCGUGGGAUGAUAACUUCUCCUGCUGGUUGCCAGGGACACCCCUGACCCCCCCAGACCCCCUGUGGAGAUGGAGCCCCAGGGGCUGUUCGGAGCAGAGGGGGAUUGUGGGAUGUUGGGUCUGCUGGUGCCCAGUCCCCAGAGUGAGGCGUUUACCCAUGAGCUGGAGAAGCUGUCCCUACAUCCCAGUAACAACCUACACCCCCUCAAUGAACGCAAGAACGUCCUUCAGCUGAGGCUACAGCAGAGACGUACCCGCGAGCAGCUGGUAGACCAGGGCAUAAUGCCACCUCUAAAGAGCCCAGCAGCAUUCCAUGAGCAGAUACGCAGCCUGGAGAGAGCCCGGACUGAGAACUUCCUGAAGCACAAGAUUCGCAGCCGACCAGAGAGAUCUGAGCUGGUCAGAAUGCACAUCCUCAAGGAGACUGGGGCAGAGCCCUCCUUGCAGGCCACCCAGAUGAAGCUGAAGAGGGCCAGGCUGGCUGACGACCUGAAUGAGAAGCUGGCUCAGCGCCCCGGUCCCAUGGAACUGGUAGAAAAGAACAUUCUGCCUGUAGAAGCCAGCAUCAAGGAGGCCAUCAUUGUAAACUACCCCAAAGCACUGGACGCCUACGGGUUUGAGGAGGACAGCGGGGAUGCCCCGUCUCCAGAGCAGCCGGCCAGCCACGAGUCCCAGGCCGCCGCACCCUCCCCUGGGGAACCACGGGCCCUGGAGACCCCCUGUCCACCACCGCUGCCCACCAUAACCAACAACCAUACCAUCCUACAGCCCUUCCCUGUUGUCACCCAGGCAACAGCAGACUUCCUCAAAGCUCUCUCCACCAAUGAGCCACCAGUUAGUCGCCCAGCUCCCGCACCUCAGCCAAUCACCACUGUUGCUUCUCAAAAGCCAGGGCCCACCCUAGUGAAACAGAGCCUGCCCAGGCAGCCCGGGGAGAGGAAUCGCAGUAAGAAGGGCAAGGAGCCCAAGCCCCGGAUCAAGAAGUUAAAGUACCACCAGUACGUCCCCCAGGACCAGAAACAGGAGGCCAGCGAAGCCCCCAUGGACUCAUCCUACGCCAAGAUCCUCCACCAGCAGCAGCUCUUCCUCCAGCUGCAGAUCCUCCACCAGCAGCAGCAGCACUAUAACUACCACACCAUCCUCCCAGCACCCUUAAAGCCUGUAGCUGAGGGUCAGAGCAGCACUGUGAACGGUCUGCCAACCUCUAUAGUGGUGUCCCUACCGCCUGCCGUCACUGUCCCGCCUCCCACCCCUGUCCGCCCAAACAGCCUAUCCAACCGCAAGCCUGGCCACCUGCCCCCCAACCUGGAGGACAUGAAGGUGGCCGAGUUGAAACUGGAGCUGAAGUGGCGAAGCCUCCCUGUGUCAGGGACCAAGACUGAUCUCAUUGAGAGGCUGAAGCCUUACCAGGAGAGCACCAGCACCCCAGCUCUGACCCCCGGCCCGAACACCCUUCCAUCCUCAGUCCCCACGGAGGUCAGCUCAUCCCCCGCACUUUUCCUAGCUGCCCAUCAGUUGGCACCAGAGAGCAUGAGCUCCACACCCCCAGUAUCCCCAAUCCCCACAUACCUCUCCACCUUUAGAGACAACAGAGGAGUGUCCGAUCUAUUUUGCGACCCCCAGAGGGUUAGUCCCGGUCGUGCAGGCGUGGGGAUGUCCCCCCAGAGGCCGGGUGUCCCGGAGGAGAAUGACCCGCGGCUCCAUGAGAAGGAGCGUCAGAUCAAGGAGCUGAUGAGGAAGCUGGAGCAGGAGCAGAGGCUAGUGGAGGAGCUGAAGAUGCAGCUGGAGGUGGAGAAGACCCAGCUUCUACAGGGACCCUCCACAGACCCUGUCCCCAUGAUCCAGAUCUCCAACAAGGUCAAACUGGAAGACAGGGUCCUCCCUAACUGCUCAGCCAUGGUUACUGCAAACAUGGCUCCCCAGACUCACCCCCACUCUCUUUCCACUGUGGUAAAGCUGGAGGAUGUGCUCUGCAACUCCCAUCCCCCGCACCAGCCCUACCUCACCCCCACCCUGCCCCAGUUCUUUAUGAGCCACCAGGGGGCAGUGUCCCAGGUUGUAGGUCAGCCUGGCACCCAGACCCUGCUUGCAGCCCAGGAUAGCACUACUCAGAUCCUCCUGCCUGUCCCCCAGGCUACGAUAUCAAAUCAAGCCCCAGGCCUGAUCCAGGCCUCAGUGCCCCAGGUACACACCACCAAGAUGGAGACUCGGCAAGCCUCAACUCAACAGCAGAUACUUAAUCAUAACCACAUGCUGCAGACUUUCACAGCGUGUAACGGCCCUGGCUCUGGGAUGGUGGAGAACCAGACAGGGCCUGACAUGCAUCCCCAGUGUUUCCUGAGAAGCUCCCCAGAUAACAGGCUCUCUCCCCGGGGGGCUUCACCCAACCCCAUCCUCUCCAAUGGGCCUGUCAACAAGUCCCCCUCUCCGUCUCCAUCCCAGCCCAGUUUCAUCCUCCAACCCUCCUCCCUCGUGACCCAGCCCCCCAUGACCAGGGAGCCCCCUCGCUACGAGGAUGCAGUCAUACAGACACGCAACCUGAAGCAGGCCAAAAACCUCACACAGGUUUCCACGGCAAAUAGCCAGCAGAUGGACGACCUAUUUGACAUCCUGAUUCAGAGUGGAGAGAUCACUCCUUUCAUCCAGCAGCCGGACCUUCUGUCUCUCAGCACCAAGACUGUUCCUGUCACAGCCAACAUCACUACCCUCCCUGUCAACACCGCCCUGUCCAGGCCUCCUCCACAGAUCCAGGUAGCUCCCCCUCCCAUCUCGCCCGUCGACCCCCUCCAUCUCCCAAGCCUGGCCUCCGUGACCUCAGACAAGCUGUUGGAGGUCUUCCUUGAGGGAACCCUGAACGAUCUGUCCCCAACCACGGACCCCCGCACCCUGGGUCUGAUCGAGGAUCUGCAGUCCCAGCUUCUGGAUCAACCCUACUCCCCCAUGGACACCUCGGAGCUGUCCUUCUGCGACUCCAUGUCUCCCCCCUCCUCCCUCAAUGUGGGCAUGUCUGACACAGCCCUGGACAACAUGGAGUGGCUGGACCUAACCAUGCCGCCCAGCCCUGCGGGGGGGCUUACGCCACUGGGGAUUCCUUCAGACUUCCUGGAUAUACACGACCUGCAGCUGCACUGGGACUGAUGGAGAGAUGGAUAAGGACAAGAAUGGAGGGGAAAGGAGGAAAAGGAUGGAGGGACCGAGAGAAGAGGAGGAUAGCAGUGGUUGAGGAAAUUAAAAAGGAUAGAGGCACUAUCCUCUAUCCUCUAUCCUCUAUCCUCUGUAUAAGAAAUCCGGACUUGGUUAGUCAGGUUAUAGUCCUGGUGCAUUUUAAAACUUAUUUUUUAAUACAAAAUUGUCUUGUUUAUUUUUUGCUACCAUGUCCUAGGAUUGGCCAGCCGGUGAUGGGGGCAUUGGGUGUUGCUUAAUAGAGUAGUGGGGCCAGAGCCAAAUGAACAAGGAUGCAGACAUUAUGGAAAUAUCCUGUAAAUAAUGGAGAUAUUUCAAUCAGAACAAGGUUAGAUGUUCCCUCAGCCCUCCUGGAGUUUUCAUUGGGUUGAACUCCUGACAACUCCUGACAGUCAGCCUGUACGGUGGUCAGCUUGCCUUGCGGUGAACACGUGGAUGUGUUAACUUAGCAUGCGUUUCACAUCAGUCAUAUUACAGGGUCUUCAUCUACAGCAAUUUCUCUGUGGACGCAUGCUGUUUGGUUAUUACAGAUCUGUUGUACACAAGCCACGACAGACAGCAUACCUGACAGAUGUAAACCUGACAGAGUACAAGGCUGUGUUUAACACUGGUCUUUUAUUGCAACAUACCUAUAUUCUGAUACAUAUUGUAUUGGUUGAGACAGUUGGACUAUUUUAAGCAAUGAACUGAACUGACGACGAGAACAAAAUCACUCCUAUUGGACAAGGAGGAGUAGUCUCCUCCCACUAUGAGCUAUGCACUAAGGAGGCGGGCCUUACAUCGCCUUCAUCUCACAAGGAAAUGUGAAUCACAGAUAACGAUUUUGUAGAUUUAAUGGUUUAUUGAAACAAUGUUGAUCCACUUGUUGGUUAUCUCAGUGUACUAGCGCCUUCAGUUCAAGUCUAAGUUGAUCCAUCUGAAUGUAAAUGGAGACUUUACAUUGUUGGCAGCUUUAUCUUCUGAAAGACAACUGAUGUAUCAGUGGAGAGGGACCAAAUAUGGUAUCACACAGGUACACUACAUACAGGUUAAUGUGUGUACUUACUGUAUGCUAGCCUGGUUCCAUCUCUGUUUGUGCUCUUGCCAACUCUGUUACUCAUUGUCAAGCCAGAUAUGUUUGGCAUAGCAAUGAGUGACAAGAAGGUGGCAUGAUAGCCUGAGUGCCAGUCUUUUUGUGCCAACUGUAUUCUCCCGUGUAUGACAUGUUUUAAUGUGGCUGCGUGACCUCUGGAGAACAGAGGUGUUAUACUUUUCUGUCUGUCCUGAAUUCUCAAUUCUGUCUGUCAACUUUGUCUCUGUGUGUCAGUGGUUCUGUCUCUGUGUGAGAAAGUAUGCAUGUGUCUAGAGCUGGGCGAAAUGGCCUAAAACCAGGGGCGCAACUUUGGUUUUAGAAGUGGGGGGGACAUAAUAAUUACUAUUAUUAUUACAUUUUUUAAUACAGUCGAAUAAUCACAUUCAAAUGAUAAAACGGAGGGACAAUGUCUCCCGGGGUAGACAUGUCUCCCCCAUCCCCAGUGAAAGUUGCGCCCCUGCCUAAAACUCAUUUCUAUUAUUUUUCAAACUUAUGGCCCAAUAUAUGUAUCAAAACACAUGUUUAUGUUUUCUCUAAGCUUUGUUGUACAAUUAAAGGUCAAAUACACUACAUUUAAAACAGUUACCAAUAUUCUAAUCAAUUCAGAGCUUGGUAAAUUAUACAGAGGCUGAAUAUAUGCCUUCCACAAACAUGAGACCCACUAAUAUUUACAUUAUUUUAUCAAAAUAGUUGUACUUGCUUUUAUUGCAAUUAUCACUGAUCUGGAUUUCAGGUCUGUCUAUAAAAAGGCCCUUUUUGUUACAAAUGUAACCAUAACCAUGCAUAAUGCACAUUCACUAAUCAUGUAGCAGGCAUUAUAGAAAAUGAACACGGGUCUCAUAAACAAUCUCUCAAGCACAAGCCCACGUGCUCGUGAGUAGUCAGCUAAUAUUUAUAUUUCAAGUUUAGCCAACUUAGAUCUAGUUAGAAUUUGACAAGUUCUGAAUUCAGCUAACAAGUCAAAACCGUUGUAAUUGUUAUAAACACAACCUGUCCGUCUCCAACUGUUUGAACAGCAUAGUAGCCUGUCCACUUUGUUCAGAUGUUGAGAUCAAGUGGCCUACCUUAUUUUGCAGAAUGAGAGUGAGUUGCCAAAUCCUUAUAUAAUUGUUUUAUGUGUAUUGCAUAUUUAUAAAACACAGACUAAACAGCUAGUAUAGCAAUCUUUAUUUGACUAAAAUGCUGCUAGCGUUACCGUAAUGCGUGCGACAAACUGAGCAUUCAUUUUCCAGAAUGAAUGUUCAUUGUUACAUCUGUUUUAGAAGUGUCUUCUCUGCACGAAAUUUGAAGAGUUGAAACGUUUCGAAAGGUUUACAACUUCUCUAUUACAGUAAAAUAAUAUCUCCAUGUGUUUCGGUAUCCAUAUGACUGAUUUAUGUUGGACCAAACCUCAAAUGCAAAUGACGAGUUGAAACCAUUUGACAGAGAGGAAGAAGUGAUAUCUCAUCGUUGUUGUUGUGAGUGGUGGUGGGAGGUCCUUGGGAGAAAGAGGUGAAGCGAAAUCUAUCCAAAAUAAGCCCAAUGCAUUUCUAUGCGCUUAUUUUGAACCUGAGCUUGUCGCCUGCCUUCCCGCUUUUGCGACAACGACUCCCAUUGUUAGGGCUGAGACAUCUCUUCAUUAUAUACAGAUCUCUGGUGUAAAUGGGAAGGAGCGAACGAGACGAGAUCAAAAAGACAACAUGAGAACAAGCGGACAUAAAUGCUCAUAAAAAUGAAAAAUAAAACUUGAACUCGAAUUAAUGUUAAAAACCAGAAUUCGAUAUAUCGCCCAGCCCUAUAUGUCUGUCUAUAAGUAAGAGUCCCUUAUGUCUGUGUGUCUGCAUGUGUGUCAGGGUGUCUUCUUGAAUGCACGUUUUAAUAAGUGUCUGAUAUCGGGCUAUAUUUGUCUCUGUCGCUGAGUUGGCUGCAACUCAUUUGAGUCCUCUUCAUUUCUAUGAAGUUGGACGUUCAUCAGACAGCACUAUCUUUGCCAAGUGAGCACAUUUUACAGGCUGAGAUUUUAAAAGGUUUGGCUUUUCUCUGACUGUUCCACCUGUCCUGUUUGGUUAUAUGGUCAAAACGCAUACAGACACCCCCAGUGGUGUGCCCAGCAUACAGGGUAAACUACAAGGGACUACGCCGUAGCUUCUGGCAUAGCUACCAUUUUGUGGAUGAAUUCUACCAUGAAGAUGCUGAUUAUAUGUAUGAUACAUUGAAACUAGGGUUGUGUAGUUCUUCUACCUGGCAUAUCAUGCCAAACGAGUUACUAAUAUUCAGUAUCCAAAUAUUAUUCUGAUCAAUAUUGUAUAGAAUGAAUACGGUUGUACUGUACGGCACUUUAGAAUGCCAUGGCUUUUAUUUUUCUGUCAUUGUUCGAACAAUCAUUCUUAUCCAACAAGUCAAACACUAAUAAUCACCUGUGGGCAGGUAAUAAUGCCAAAUACUAUACACACGGUCUCUGACCAUUGGGAACCAAAUAUUCGUAACGGUGGUUUAGAGCUAAUAAGGAAUUAUUUGUUUUUCAAUUGUUCAAUUGUUGCCUAACAUCAGUUAAUAUCUACUGUUGACCAACAAAAAUUAUCGUAUUUCUAAAAUGUUACAAAAUCAUAUUUUUUUUCUGUAUAUACGCAAGAGGAAUAUUACUGUAAAUUACUGUAAAGAUUACUGGCCAAUGGUGCGCCGCCCUAUGGGACUCCCGAUCACGGCCGGUUAUGACACAGCCUGGGAACGAACCAGGGUCUGUAGUGACGCCUCUAGCACUGAGAUGCAGUGCCUUAGACCAGUUGGUGCAUUUUAACAUUUUUGUCAGUACUUUAGAACGAGAUGUCAUAGUACAUCAGAUUCGUCUUCAGCACUUGUCAUAUCAACAUGUUGAUCAUUGCAAGCAAAUAUUGAUUUGGGCCUACCUAAUUCUGUGUUUUCUGUACUGUACUGUCUCGCAUUCAACCGCUGUUCUUUGUCUGAAUUGUUGUAACUAGUAAGACAUCUGCCAAGUCUCUGUCAUCCUCUGUAUGCCAUACAUACAUUUUGCACAUUGUGUACAUAUUUAUAUAGAUGUCAUGCAUAUUUUUAUACAUGUGUAGCACAGCCAUGUGCUAUUUUGCAAAUAAUAUGAAAAAAUAUGUUUAUAUAUUGUAUGUAUACUGUAUGCUUUUAGGCUUCAAUAAAACGUGGUUUAUUGUGAAAGUCUCCUAACAUCUGUGGCUGGAGGCUCAGGUGUGAUUUGGUUCUGGGCUGCUGAGAUUAUUGUGACCGUACAUUUUUACUGUGAAUAUCUUUUGAACUGUUCAGCUGUCAAAGCAAACAGCAUCAUACUCCAUUGUAUUAUUAUGUAAAAGUAGGAAAACAUUUGAGGAAUUAUUACAUUUAGAAGUGAUAACAUGUAGUUCCACAAGAUUCAUCAAAACACUUGAAGGAGAAAAGAACAUUGUUGUAUAUAAUCUGGUCUGUCAACAACAUUUGUCAGGUUAAUUCGGGGGCGUUGACCAUUUUCACAGUAAAGAAAGGGGAAGUAGAAUAUACAGGCCAUUUGCAUGACCAAUACGUUGAUUAGGCUUCAAUAGUACCAUUCUGAUACGCUCUCUGGGAAGUACCCUUAAUCAAGCUUGGCUUGGGGGGGGGGUAAGGUGGAGUAAGGAUAGGAGGAGAACAGGGAGGGGUGGUGGAGAUAAGCUUGGCUUGGGGGGGUAAGGGGGAGUAAGGAUGGGAGGAGAACAGGGAGGGGUGGUGGAGAUAAGCUUGGCUUGGGGGGGUAAGGUGGAGUAAGGAUGGGAGGAGAACAGGGAGGGGUGGUGGAGAUACGCUUGGCUUGGGGGGGUAAGGUGGAGUAAGGAUGGGAGGAGAACAGGGAGGGGUGGUGGAGAUAAGCUUGGCUUGGGGGGUAAGGGGGAGUAAGGAUGGGAGGAGAACAGGGAGAGGUGGUGGAGAUAAGCUUGGCUUGGGGGGGUAAGGGGGAGUAAGGAUGGGAGGAGAACAGGGAGUGGUGGUGG